AAUGCACUCUGCUCCCAGGGUGUGGCAGAGGGUGUUUUUGUGUCCACCCCCCACCCCCUCCCCAUUUAAACCCAAUAGUAAGAUGCGGCCCGGAGUCCAAGCAGAGACAUUGUAGGUGGUCCUUACGCCGCUUCUUUAAACAGCCGCAGCUUCUGGUUACUGACAGAUCCCAGCUUGAACCCAAUCUCUCCACUGCCUGAAGUUUUGUUCUCUGUUUCCUGUUUCCGGUUGUUCCUUUAAGACGCCGCAGCCUCUCUGACUCCUUCGCCAGCCCUUAAAAAGUUGCAGAAAUCCAGCCUCUCCCGGAGAAGGAAACUUUUUUUUGUUGUAAUCCUCUUGCUGCAGGGAUGACACCGGGCCUUUGUCCAAAGAAGGUGGUGGCUUUCACCAAAAACUUCAAGGCUGUGCCACAUUACAAACUUGCCCAGAAUGUAGCAACUGGUGGUGAUCUUCUGCAAGCUUACCUUCAGAGACAAGUUAUCCAGGAAACAUCGCAAGUGUUCAAGAAUGUCAUUCCUGCAGAAGGAAAGCCAGUUACAAACCAGAAAAAUACAGGGCAAUGUUGGAUUUUCUCCUGCCUCAAUGCGAUACGGCUUCCACUGAUGAAGAAAUUCAAUAUUGAAGAAUUUGAGUUCAGUCAAUCCUACUUGUUCUUCUGGGAUAAGAUUGAGCGUUGCUACUACUUUUUGAACGCGUUCAUUAAGAUUGCGGAGAGAACCGGCAAAGAUGAAGAACCCUUUGAUGGUAGACUUUUGCAAUUUCUGCUAAUGAAUCCCACAAAUGAUGGAGGCCAGUGGGAUAUGCUUGUCAAUCUCAUUGAGAAACAUGGAAUUAUGCCAAAGAGGUGCUUUCCUGAAUCCCAUAGUUCGGAAGCCAGCAAGGCGAUGAAUGAUGUUCUGAAUCACAAGCUGCGAGAAUAUUGUUGCCGUCUAAGAAAGCUGGUGAAAAACGGAUCGUCCAAGGAUGAACUCUCGGCUGAAAAGGACAAUAUGAUUGAGGAGGUCUUCAGAAUAGUUAAUAUUUGUCUGGGCACCCCUCCUGAAACUUUUACCUGGGAAUUCCGAGAUAAAGAGAAGAACUACCAGAAGAUUGGGCCACUAACACCGCUUCAGUUUUACACACAACAUGUGAAGCCAUUUUUCAACAUGGAAGACAAGGUGUGCCUGGUUAAUGAUCCCAGAUGUUUCAACCCCUAUGGAAAACUGUACACGGUCGAUUUCCUGAAUAAUAUGGUGAAUGCGAGGAAGACUUUAUACAUCAACCAGCCAAUUAAUGUAUUAAAGCAGUUGGCUGCUGAUUCCAUCAAGGAUGGAGAGGCAGUCUGGUUUGGAUGCGAUGUUGGGAAGGGAUUUUGCAACAAGCUGGGGAUUAAUGAUCCUCAAGUACUUAACCGAGAGCUGCUGUUCGGCGUUUCACUGAAUAACUUGGGCAAAGCAGAAAGACUGAUGUAUGGUGAAUCACAGAUGACUCACGCUAUGGUUCUCACUGGCUACUCUGAAAAGGGUGAAAGUGAAGCUAAAUUUGAAAAGUGGAGAGUGGAAAAUUCAUGGGGAGAGGAAAGUGGUAACAAAGGUUACCUGGUUUUAUCGGAUGAAUGGUUCACUGAAUAUGUCUUUGAAGUGGUUGUGGACAAGAAGUAUAUACCAGCAGAGAUUCUGAAAGUAAUGGAGCAGGAACCCAGAGUUCUUCCAGCUUGGGAUCCAAUGGGUGCUCUAGCAUAAACAGUCAAGACUGUCUUCAUUUUACAAGGAUGUUUUUACAUUCUUCAUGCUACUCUCUCUUAAAGUUACAAAUAAACAUACAUUCAUUCUUA